AUGAUCGCCAGAGGUGAGUUAGCGGAUUACCUCAUGACAAAGGAGUAUGCAAAGCCCCACGAGGUCUAUCCCCGCAAGGUGGAAGGUACGCAAGUAAAAGUCAUUCAUGCAAUACAUGGCAGGUCUAAAGAUGAUCAAGAGUCCGAGGGGGUAUACAAAUCCAGAUUGAAGGUAGCCCACAAGCUCAGGAAGAUAUCCUCGGUCAAUGUUAUUGCUUCGGGUAGCAUCAGUAUUGGAUUCGGAGAUGGCGACCUAUCCAGAGUUCAACUCCCCCACAAGGAUCCAUUGGUCAUCAGUCUUUUAGUGGCCGAUUGUAUGAUCAAGAGGGUUUUGAUAGAUCCAGAAAGUAGCGCCAACAUUAUCAAAAAGACGGUCUUUGAGCAGUUAGAGAUCCCGUCAUCAUCUAUUUGA